CUCUUAUUAGUGGCCUCUCCAUAAUACCUACACAUCAGAAGAGAGUGGUGUAUCUCUGUCAGCUUUUGAUAAGAAUUGCAAAAGGAAAAAAACUUGAAUGCCAUUUUGAAAAUGAUAAAAGAAUUUCACCUUUGGAAUCUGCUCUGUCUUUCUGGACUUUACUUGAAAGGGAAGAAAUUGAACUGGAAAAGCUUCAUAAAGAUAUUCGUCAGUUGAUUCAAAUUCAGGUUGUUGCAGUCUAUAUGGAAAAUGGAUAUUUCAAGGAGGCUGCUGAAGUUCUUGAAAGGCUGUUUACAGACUCAGAAUCAGAUAAGCCUUUAAGGGUGAAGCUGGCAACUGUAAUUAAAAGCAAGGAUCCAUAUGUUCCCCUUCUCCAAAGCUUCAGUUACAAUGUUUUGACAAGUAAAAUCAAGGCUUACACUGCACUUUUCAUGAAAGAAAAUGAAACUAAUGUCUUAUUACAGGCAGCCACAAAACAGGUAGAGUCUCAAGGACUGGGAGCAACAGAGUUGCAAAGCACAACUGUGCAUGCCAAUGAAAAUGGCAAAGAGAAUUUGGAAACAAAACAAAGAUUAAUGAAAGAGCAACACAGUAUUACAGAUCAGUCACCUGGAGAUGUAAGAAACCCCACAGUAAGGCCUCGUUCAGGACGGAAACUCAGAGAGAGAACUGUUCUUCAGAGUCUGAGCAGCCUGCAAAAUGUGGAAAAACGUGGAGAUGCUUUGGCUUCAAUUCGAAAAAGACAGCGAUGGACUUACAAAGAAGACUUGGAACUGAAAUCGGGAGUGAAAGAGUUUGGAGUGGGUAACUGGGCUAAAAUUUUGGUCUAUGGUAACUUCAACAACCGAACUAGUGUCAUGUUGAAAGACCGAUGGAGAACACUGUGCAAGAUCCAACAAGGCUGA